ACCAAAUAAAAUUCAAACUAAAUGUCUGCGAUUUCAGCUACGUUACCAAGUUAUGGUUCUUUUUUUUGUACGAUCGGUACAUAACUAGUUUAAGCAUAGGAAAUUCAGCAUAAUGUUCAUAAAAUAUUCUAACCGACGGUUUUCGAUCAUGGAAAGCAUCACGUUAGCACGGAGAGAAAAGUCAUAAGGCAACAGUCUCGAAAUGAUGUGUACUCCAUCCACACACGAUUUCGACUAAAAUAGAGUAAAAACAAGAUUCUUUGAAAAGCACAAACUCUAAAGCGACCUCCAAGCCCGUGGAUGUGAGCCGAGAUCAUGGAGUACAAUCGCCAGCCUUGUCCCAUCAGGAUUGUGGAGGACUGCGGGUGCGCCUUUGUCAUGGGCACAAUAGGAGGAUCGUUGUUCCAGUAUCUGAAGGGAUUUCGUAAUGCUCCCGCCGGAUUGCGGCGUGGCCUUUACGGCGGCUUUGAGUCGGUUAGGCUGCGGACUCCGGCCAUCGCCGGCAGCUUUGCCAUCUGGGGCGCCACCUUCAGCACGGUGGACUGCUUCGUGAUCUCGUAUCGCCAGAGGGAGGAUUCCUGGAACUCAAUUGUCAGUGGAGCUGCCACCGGCGGGAUUUUGGCAGCACGCAAUGGCAUCCGGGCCAUGGCCAACAGCGCCUUUGUGGGAUGCCUCGUCCUAGCAAUGCUUGAAGGAGCCGGAGCAGCAGUGGCCACGAUUUAUGCAGACGACGGCAACGCGAAUGCCGCCAUAGCCACAGAUGUCCAGCAGCCGAAGAGACCGCACUGGGAAACAUCUGUCGAGGACGUGGAAAGUCCGCGUUCCUCCCAUAAUCAGAAUUUAACCGCGGCGGAAUUCAAGCGGGUGUUGGAUAAAUGUAGAAAAUAUAGGGCGCACAACAUGGCCCCGCAGGAUGUAUAAUCGGAAGCAGUUGAGGCACAGGGAAAGGAGAAGCCUUUGCGCUCUCUGCUCGAUCUGGUUAAGCUGGCCGAGAUUAGCUGAUACAGUUCGCCAGAACUUUCUGUUAUGAGUCAAGUAUUCGUUUUUGUGGCGCCUCUUCCAAAUUAUGUGUUAGCCCACCAGUAUUCUCCGUUUAUGUAUUUUCAUUUUAUAUUCUUCAAUAAUCAACUGGAAGCAAGUCUCUACGUCAUCUCAGGAUCCCAUUUAUUUGAGAGUAACCUAUGAUGGAAUGUUUCAUAAGUGUCCUAAUAUGUAUAUUUUAAACCUAGUAACAGAAAAAAUCCAUAGUUGAGUAGUGCUACGAUUCUAUUGUUACAAGUAAAAGGUUGAAUACGAAUAAUGGAAUUGAGCCAUGAAAGCCUUUUGACAAAAGUCUGAAAUUAAUUUUAAAGAAUCUUACUUGGUUACAAAAAAAAAAUGUCAAAAUUUUAAAUUUAGGCCUUAGACUUUAACAAAAAAAAGAUCUUUAUGAAAACAUCUUUUGCACGUCUCAGGAAUUUUUGAUGUUUAUUUUCCAAAUUAAACAAAUCAGUAUCUACGCAGUUAGACACACA